UCACGGAGAUAGUGAGAGAAUCCCGCAGCGGAAAUGACGCUGAAAGACGAAAUUGUCACCGGCUCGGCGGAGGUCAAACCUGACUUUGGCGAAUCGUACUCCACCAAAGACGAAAUCCUUCAGCUCUCGUCCGCCAUCAGCCGGAGGUCAUCGAUAACAGCAACACAGCCCUCCUCACCGCCUGCGUCCUAUCGCCCCGCGGAGUUCGAAUGUGUUGUCCCGGUGGUGAAGAGCCAUCAUCAUCUCCUGCAACACCAGCGUCCAUGUGAAUCGAUCGAAAGCAACCAACUGUACCGUUAUCAAAGAUACCAAGACUACAGCAACCGUCACCUACUGCAGCAGGGCGAAGACGCCGAACUCAACGGGUCCAAGAUGUAUGAUAUUUUGGUGGUAAACAAAACCUACGAUGCCGAAGGUCCGGACUCCAUCUCGGUCCGGGUGGGAGACCUCGUCGAGGUUCUGGACAUGGGCGAAUCCGCCGCCGCCGUCGCCGCUGCAGCCACAGCAAAGAGGCCCAAGCUGGAUCCGCAGCUGAAUGUUGGCAAAACCGAAAGCCUGCUGGACAGUUCCAUUUCCAAGCACAAGCUGUCCAUCAAACCGAAGAAGAACCACCACAGUUCGCUCCGGAGGAGCGUCAGUCCACAGCCGCCACAGUAUCAACCGAAGCCAAAUGAAAAGUGGAAAGUACGAAUCUUCGACGGGGACGACAAUGCCAAGGCGGGCUGGAUUCCGGUCUCGGUGCUGGACAUCAUGCACACCGAUCAGGCCGUGUUCGGUGAGAAAGCCAACGAUGCCACCUAUCGUCGUGAAGCCGUCGUUCGUGAGCUGAUUGAAACUGAGGAGGAAUUCGGCCGGGAUCUGCAGCUGGUCGUCGAAAAGUACAUCAAGUUCAUCGACAAUCCGGACAACAAGAUUCCCCGGCAGAUCCGCGAUCACAAGGAUGACAUCUUCAACAACUUCAAACAGAUCGCGGACUUCCAUAAUACUGUGCUGAUCGAAGGUGUCAAGUACUACGCCAACAAUCCGAAAAUGAUUGGCAAAACGUUCCUCCGGUUGGAGCGCGACUUUGACAAACACGUUCGGUACUGCCGCGAUGCCCCGGUUGCGCAGGAGUUCCUCGCCGCCAACGACGCCGUGAGGGACUUUUUUAUGGAACUCUCCCAAACCCUAGACGACGACAAAACUUUAUCUGAGCAUCUUAAGUUACCCAUCCAACGGAUCAACGAUUAUAAACUACUUUUCAAGGAACUUCUCAAAUAUUCCACUGCCCUUGGCGAAAAUGUCACCGACCUCCAGAAGGCCCUAGAGUUGAUGCUCUCGGUGCCCAGUCGUGCAGCGAAUAAUCGAUACUUGGAGAGCAUCGAAGGUUUCCGCGGAAACCUCCAGAAGCUAGGUCGCGUACUCGCCCACGAGUACUUCGGAGUCAAGGACAAGGAGAACAAAAUCAAGGAGCGCUAUCUGUUCCUAUUCAAGGCCCGCCUUCUCAUCACCAAAGCGAAACGACUGUCGGACGAAAGAUCGAUCUUCUUACUCAAGGACAUCGUCAAGCUACCGGACGUACAGAUCAGGGACGUCGAUUCCCGUGCCUUUGAGCUACUUCCAAAGGUCGGCGGACGAGGAGACACCGUACAUCUGAUCGCCUACUCAGAGGAGGCAAAGCAGCGCUGGAUCUACGAAAUCGACGAAUACGCCGAUAACGCGGUUGCCCUUCAGGAGCACGCCAACGACGAUCUGCGUAUCGAUCCAACACAGACAAACAUCGACGAAAGUAUCAUCAAGCUACCGCAACGAAUUGAAGCCCACAAGACCGACGAGAAUAUCAAACCUUCUGAUUUCGCCGAAAGCUACGUGGUAUUCAAGCACAAGACCGCACAUCGCGAGGAAGCCCAAUCGGUGCAAAAGACAGUAAGCCAAGAGGUUGUUGAAGCGGAAGAGGAAGAGGAGAAACCCGCAAGUGUUCGCGAACGCCUCGCAGCUCUAGAGGUUAAGAAAUCCUCUCAUACGGUUGAGUUAGCUGCCGGUAAGCAAGAGGUUGUCCAACAGCAAGCUCAACAGGUUGUUCAAAGCAAAACUUCCAGUGUUCAAGUUCAGGAAACCAGGACAUCUUCUACAGUUGUGCAGCAAAGCUCAUCGAGCAGACAGGAAUCCAGCGUCCAGGAAUCGAAGACUUCUGCAGUUAAGCGACAGCAAGAAUCUCAACUAGACGCUCAAGCCAAGGAAGCUAAGUUAUCUAGCCAAACCCAGGUGCGAACUCAGGUUGUGGAAUCGAAAUCAGCUGCAGUCAAGCGACAGCAAGAAACACAUCUUGAAUCUAAAUCAUCAGCUGCAUCAGCACAGCAAUCGGUAACUCAGGUAGUGACUAAGACAUCUACCCAAGUUCAACAAAAACAACAACAGCAACACCAAAAGAUCGUUGAAACCAGCUCGCAAGAACAGGAAUCUGCCUCACAGGUCGAAACCAAGUACGCUUCGCUGAAACAGCAACAACAACAACAACAGAAAGCUCAGGCAGUUGAAGCAAAGACCGAAUCCGUACAGGUCAUCACAUCGGUGAAACAGUCAUCUACGUCCAGUACGCCACCGGUCGUCGACGCUGAUUCCAAAAUCAAGCAAAUCGAAUCCAAAUACGAAGCUCUCAAGCAAAAGAAGCUCGAACAGAAGUCCGACGAAGUCGACGCCAAGUUCCAGAUUAUAGAAUCCAAGUUUGCAGCACUCAAACAGCAGCAAGAACAGCAUAAGCAACAGAAGCAGCAGCAUACGGAACCGGUGCAAGAGCAGCCGCAAGUGAAACCGCAAAGCAAACUUCAGCAGAUUGAAUCAAAGUAUAAGAAGCAGGAACAACAGCAGCAAACCGUUGAAGCUAAAGCACAGAUCACCGAGGUUGUCGUUGUUCAGGAGCAGAAACAGGAACAGCCGAAACCGUUGUCUAAGGUUGAACAAAUCGAGUCCAAGUACAAAUCAAAGCAGGAACAACAAGUUGUUGAAGCAAAGACUCCGAUCACCGAAACCGUUGUCCAAGAGCAGAAGCAAGAGCCGGCAAAGCCGCUUUCCAAAUUAGAACAGCUAGAAUCGAAAUAUAGCAAGAAGAAGCAUUCGAUAGAGCAAACCACCGAUAUCAGUGCAGCUUUGAUUGCAGAACCAGCAGCCGUUGAAAGCGUUGAACCGCAGAGUCCAGAGACUCCGUCGAAGAUCCAACAGAUUGAGCACAAGUACGCAUCGCUCAAACAGAAGCAGCAGCAGCAGCAGCAAGUGCAACAGCUAGUUCAGGAAGUUAAAGUAUCCGAAACCGUCGAACAGCAGGAAACUCAAUCCAAGCUCGCUCAAAUCGAAGCCCGGCAUACAGCACGUCGUCAAUCGUUUCAGAAGGAUCAAGAGACUACAGUUGAAUCGAAAAUCUCCGUCGACAAGGUCACAGAUCAGAAGAAGGAAGAGAAGCUAUUCACUGUACAGAAGGUCGAGGCAGUAAAGCUACCAGAAGUUCCAAAGAAGACUGAACCCACCAAACCGCUCGACGCACCAAAACCAAAGGUCGACAAAAAGGAUCGCCCCAAGCUACAGAUUCCGGUACCGGAAAAACGGGUAGAGGAAGCCACCAAGGCUCCCGAAAGUCCUAAGCAGAAGAAGCGACCCGAAUCACCGAAGAGUCCGAAAUCGAAGAAAUCACCGACUAAAAUACCGGAUAGUCCCAAGCUACCAGAGCCGAAACCAGUCGAAAAGAAGGUUGAAAGUCCCAAGACACCAACCAAGGUCCCGGAGGCUCCAAAAGCUGUAGAGAAGAAGGUCCCAGAAACCCCUAAAACUCCAACUAAGGUUCCAGAGAGUCCUAAAGUAGUUGAGACUCCAAAGGUCGAGAAGAAGGUUGAAGCACCGAAAACACCAACUAAGGUCCCGGAAAGUCCCAAGGUAAUCGAAACUCCCAAGACACCAACCAAAGUCCCGGAAAGUCCCAAAGUAAUCGAAACUCCAGCUAAGGUUCCUGAGAGUAAUAAAGUAGUCGAAAGUCCCAAGACACCAACCAAGGUCCCAGAGACUCCAAAGGCUGUAGAGAAAAAGACUCCAACUAAGGUCCCAGAGAGCCCCAAAGUAGUUGAGACUCCAAAGGUCGAGAAGAAGGUUGAAGCACCUAAAACACCAACCACCACUCCAAAGACACCAAACAAGGUACCGGAAAGUCCCAAAGUAGUCGAAACUCCAACUAAGGUUCCAGAAAGUCCCAAAGUCGUUGAGACUCCAAAGGUCGAGAAGAAGGUUGAAGCACCGAAAACACCAACCAAGGUCCCGGAAAGUCCCAAGGUAGUCGAAGCUCCGAAGACACCAACCAAGCCGGUCGAAAAGAAGGUUGAACCAGCCAAGGUACCAGCAGCACCGAAGGCUCCAACUAAGGUUCCAGAAAGUCCUAGCGUAGUUGAGAAGAAGGUUGAACCACCCAAGACACCCACCAAGGUCCCGGAAACUCCCAAGCCGAUCGAGAAGAAGCUUGAACCUACCAAGGCACCUGAAAGCCCCAAGGUAGUGGAAACUCCAAAGCCAGUGGAAAAGAAGGUUCCCGAACCACCGAAGACUCCAACCAAGGCGCUAGAGAAGAAAUCAUUCGAAGCGAAGAAGGUCGAAGCAGUUAAACUAGCGGAACGGCCCAAAAAGCAGGAACCAGUCCAGAAACCCAAAGGUACAGCAGAUACCGCUAGCGUAACAGGUUACGAUACUCCGGUAGCGGUUGCCGACCAGGAACCUUCUCUAGAGAAUCUAGUAGAGCAGAAAUCUAGAGAAGAAUCCCUUAAACAAAAGCUAGAGGAAAUCUACGCCCGCGAACGGGCAAACCUCGUCGAGGCCAAGCGGAUCCGUCAGGCCGAAGAGGAGGAAAUACGGCUGAAGUUUCAACAGCGAGGCCAACGAGAGAUCCAGCAGAUUAAGGAAAGUACCUCCGAGCUACUAGAGCAGAUCCAAGCUACCAGGGAAUCGGUCAAGUCGGUGCUAGGAUUGACCGAACCAACAAAGUCGAAGUCGAGGUUACCGAAGAUCACCAAGGCAACUGAUUCUGAUUCACAGCAACAGCAAACGCCUUCGCAAGAUCAGAGCACUGAUCAGGAAGGAUCAGACCAAGGAGGAUCAAACGACGCAGGUGGUGAGCAAAACAAACAAGGAGAGCAAAGGGGAGAUAAUCGCGAAGGAUCAGGAGAAGGCAGUGGAGGUAAGCGAACUCCGCCGCCUUUACAGUUACCAACGUUCUUCGAUCCCCCACCACUCCCAGUAUACCAGGCUACCAUUGAAGUAUUCAUCAAGAAGGAACGUCCACCGCCACCACCACCACCAAAGAUCACUAGGAAAUUGGUUGUGAACACAGACGAACUCGAGCGAAAGACACAACUGUUCUUCGAAGGUCACAUCAACGAACCGGAUCCAGACUACAGUACAGCGGCUGCUCUUCGAAAGAUCAAGGGUAUCAAGCAUCUGUUCGGUAAGACAGGCCAAACGGUAAACUACGCCGAAGACACCAUCCAUAAGGCCGAACAAGGUGAAUUCGAGAGUAUUCUGUUUCCGGAAGAGGAAGAACCCAAACCGAAGGAGCCAGCUUACGAAUACCAGUACACCGUUGAAGAUCCGGUAACUGGUGAGAAAAUUUGUACCGCAGAUCCAAACCUCGUGCUUAUCGAGAAGAGAGCAGCCAUGGAUGAACAGCAUACCUCUAGGUACUCAUCGCUGAGGCAUUCCACCCGUCACGGUCGAACCCUAGAAGCGCAACUCGAGGAACUAGCAGAUUUCGAGGUCAAGCACGAAGAGAAGAUGUCGACUACCCGUACCGAGAAACUGCGGGUGCCAACCAACAUUCGGCCCCGCUUUUUGAAUGCCAUUCACGGCCUGAGCGUCGAACCUGGCGAGAAUGCAAAGUUUGCGUGUCAAAUCGACGAACUUUCCAACGUCCAAUGGCUCAAGGACAACAAACCGCUCAAUGACAAACUGGCCGAUCGUGUCAUCGUCAAGGAAUCCGACGACCUAACGCAUACCCUGGAGAUCCAGCACUGUCGCGAGGAGGACAGCGGUACCUAUACGGCUCGGGCCAUCAACGGCACGGAGAAUGCCUCCUGUACGGCGCAGCUAAUCGUAGAGAAAUUGACCCCAGAGCAGAGGAAGGCGCUCGCCGAAACCAAUGCACCUGUAUUCACUGUUACCCUCAAGGACACUGAGGUCAUUGAGAAGACCUACCUGACCUACAUGGUCAAGGUCAAGGGAGAUCCCCAGCCAAAGAUUCGAUUCUGUAAGGACGAUCGUGAGAUACUCGACACCGACAAGCGUAUGAAGGUCGUUCGCGAGCGUGAGGACAGCGGAUACUACGAGUUGAUUAUUCCCGAAGUCCACAAGGGCGACUGUGGUGUCUAUUCGUGCACGGCUUACAACAAAUUCGGAAGCACCAAAACCCAGGCCCAACUAUUGGUAUCAGAUCAGAAAGAGCUAUUCUAUGAGCUGGACACUCUCGAGGAUAAUAAUAAAUUUGUCUGGAAAAAGAACGGUGUGGCCUUCGAUCCGGAAGAGCGUUUCAAGGUAUUAAUGGCUGAUGAUUCCGAUUCGUUGGCGCUUGUCUUCCAGCACGUAAAACCAGAAGAUGCUGGACUCUACACUUGUGUUGCCGCCACCUCUUCCGGCAAUAUCCAGUGUAGUGCUGAACUCACGGUUCAGGGACAAGUCAACCAACUUCAACAGGAACCAUCCAAGCCGCACCUAGUAGUUUCAUCGAAGGACGCACUGGCUCGAAUUGGCGGCAAAGCACUGCUCGAGAUGAAAGUCCACGGCUAUCCAAGGCCGGAGCUCGUCUGGCGUCACGAGGGCACCAUUAUCGAACCCGUAGGUCGCUUCAAGUUCCUCUACGAGGACGCCGAAUCCGUAACGCUGGUCAUCAUGGAUGUGCAACCUUCGGACGCCGGUGCCUACUCCAUCGUUGCACAGAAUCAUCUGGGCGAGGACUCGACCUUUAUCAAUCUGAUCGUCAAGUAUCCACCGACCAUCGUCAAGCCACACGACUGCGGAGCCAUGGUCGGCGAAAACUUCAAGAUGUCAAUUGAAGUCAACGCCGUCCCGGAUGCUACCGUUCGUUACUACAAGAACGGCAAAGAAUUCAAAGAAAACAGCCGUAUCAAGUUCCUCACGGCCGAAAACUACCACAUCAUUAAGUACAAUCCUGCUACGGCAGAAGAUACUGGCAACUAUUCGAUAAUCGCCACCAACGAGAUCAGCCAGGCGACGGAGUUCUGGGAAUUCACCAUCAACUCACCGCCACGCUGUACCCACGGGCUUCCUGAGGAAACGAUCGUCAACGAGAAAGAGGACAUCGAACUGUUUGUCAAGGCGGACGGUAACCCCACGCCGAUCGUGCGCUGGUACAAGGAUGGCAAGGAAGUCUUGGCCGAUGGCAAGCGAAUUCUCAUUAUUGAAGAUGACGGUCGCUUCACACUGAAGAUUCAUGCAGCGAAUCGUGACGAUACGGCACGCUACUCAGCGGAUAUCAUUAACGACUACGGUACCAUUAAACAGCGUUCGCAAGUCAACGUGAACUGCAAAGCCAAGGUUCGUGAAGAGCUGAACGCGACAACCUGCAAGGAAGGCGAUAGCAACAUCACGAUGGCCAUCAAGACUGAUGGUUACCCCAGACCGACGGUACAGUGGUACAUCGACGACGUCGAGAUUACCGAAUCACGUAACGAGUUCAAGAUAGUCGAAGAUGGACUGUACUACAAGUUGAUCAUGAUGGAUGCCAAGGCCGAACUUCAGGGCAAAUACAAGGCCGUGUUUACUAACGUUUACGGAACGGACGAGUGCAGCGCCAAGACGACUGUUCAAUGCACACCCAAGGUUCGCAAACCGCUGGUGGAUACUGACGUGGACGAGAAUACCACUCUGACUCUGGAUGUCGAAAUCUACGCCGAACCCGAGCCGGAGGUCACCUGGUACAAGAAUGGACAACCGGUGCAGACCGACGCGAGAUUGACGAUCAAGCGGGAUUCUCAACGGGUGGAGAACUAUACCCUCUCGUUGACGAUGGUCCGUGGUGCAGACUCUGGUGACUACGAAGUCCGUGCGGUGAACUCGAUGGGAACGAUUUCCAGCAAGUCCCGGGUCGUUGUACAGAAGGCCCUUGUAACGAGCCCCACUGAGAAUGCCGAAGCACACCGCAUGUUCAGCGAAUGUACCACGAUCGGUCAGAACGGAGAAACGAUCAUGAUCUCGGUUCACACCGAAGAGAGUCAUGCCGCCAUCGUAACAGGCCCCGAAGAAUCCCACUCGAUCCAUCAGAUGCGCGCAACCACGAUCAUCUUCGAAGAAGACAGUGGAUCACCGUUGGAAACUCCCCAAAGGAUCAUCUACCCUAACAAGCCACACGCUUCUGCCCUGCACGUCGAAGAGGUCGACAGCAUAACCUUCCAAUCGCCGGAAGAUACGGCCAAGUAUCAUCAUCUCACGGUCAACGAGUCCUCCGGGACUCGGCUAGUGAUCGAAGAGCUGGAAUCGGACAACGAAGCCGUCUCGUCGAGCACCGGCAAGUUUUCUCGAGGAGUUUCCAUCACUUCGGCAACCACCUCGGACGAUGAGCAGUCGAUUUCGCGACAAUCCAGCAGAUUGGGCACGGAAGAGCCUGAGAGCGGUCAGCGCGUGCAAACCAAUGGUAUCUCGGCUGAGUCACAGCAAGCAGAUUCAUCGUUGGGCUUACAAAAGGAAGAAGCUGAACAAAGGGAUGCAGAAAAGGGCAAGAAAGUUCAUUUUGUAGACGAUUUGGCAGAUGAAACAAAAAAGGCUCGGUUGAUAGAGAAGCAAGAGGUAGAGGAAGGUGAUGUGGAAGUCGACGAAAGGUGCGUUAAAGUAAGUAAAGAUUCGGCGACACCCAAAUCAGCAAAGAUGCUCGAGAAGGCAGAUGCAACGGAAGGUCAAGCUGCUAAGGGUAAACCCGUAGACUCGGAAGAAGUUCAAGCUACGAACGCAGUUGAGAAAGCUCUAGAAAAGGAAGCAGCCGAAGUCAAAGCUGUUGAAGAACCAACACAGCCAGCAGCUCUUGGUGCGGAUGAUGGUUCGGAGAGUCUCAAAUCCAAGAAACUGCGGAAGGAAUCGCUGGAAGAAGCAGUACAGCAAAAGCCAGAGAAACCAAAACAAGAAUCGAUCAAUGAACAGACUAAGCAAGCUCUGCUGAAAGACGAAACCGUCGAAGAAGACGCCGAAGCAUCAAAGAAACCAAAAGAAUCCGAAGUCAAACAACCCACACGUCCAGAAGCGUCUCCGGAGAUCCUCAAGACCGAUAUCGCCGAUGUCACGACGUUCGAUUCCCUGCCACUUACGUGGACCGUGGAAGCCGAUGGUAUCCCACGACCGACCGUGUCCUGGGUCCUCAACGGAGAGGAGGUCAACGCUAGUGAACGCAUCCGUAUUACUGACUCGGGAACUCUCUACAAGAUCGAGAACCUCGACGUUAAGGAAGCCGACGCCGGCGAGUGGAAGGCCGUGGUCAAGAACCGCAUCGGAGAGAAGACGCUGCCAUGCCACCUGACCGUUAUUCCAUGCAAGGAGUACCGCCGUCCCAAGUUCCAGAAAGGUUUGGAGGACUUCAGCGUCCACAAAGACGAACCGAUCACUCUGAGCGUAACGAUCACUGCCGAUCCGGAGCCGGAGAUUUCCUGGAUCCAGGAUGGUACCGAAGUGCAAGCCGACAACUUCAUCCAGAUGAAGACCGAAAUCAAGGAGUUGGAAUACAACCUCAAAGAGAUCACCUACACCUUAUACAUUGCGGAAGCUCGUCACUACGAUACCGGCAACUAUACCUUCCGUGCGACCAACAAGUACGAUAUUAACGAGUCCAACUGCCGCUUGGAUGUGCUGCUGAAGCCGGAGAUCGAAAACUUCCAUGAUAUCACCGUGGAACCGUUUACGCAGGGUGUCUUCCAGGUGCUGAUCAAGGCCAAUCCGAAGCCGAGGGUCGUCUGGACCAAGGAUGGCAUCAACCUGUGCAACGUAGACAACUGCGACGUGAUUGCCGACGUGGAGAAGGAAAUCUAUACCCUGCUGGUGGAGUCUUGCGCCCUGACCGAACAUGGAACUUACACCGUUACGGCGUCGAACACCUUCGGUGAAACGAUCGCCACUGCCAAGCUGAAUGUGCACAUGACGAAACCAACCUUCACGAAGGAACCGGACAGCAUCAACGUACACGAUUGGGGCGAUGUCUACAACAGGGUCGACAUCUCUGGUUGUCCACGUCCGACUAUUCAGUGGCUGCGCAACGGAACCCCACUGAAUCUGGAGGAGAUCGACGAGGAAACCAACGAACCGAAGAUCAAGGUUGUCACUUCCGGUGAUAUCGAAGUAGUCAGCGAACUGUUCAUCACCCACUUCGGACCUGAAUGGCAAGGCAAUUAUUCUUGCUUGGCAACGAGCAUUGGUGGAGAAACGGAAGCCAAGUUUAUGAUUUUGGUCAAAAACGAACAACCCGUGUUCGGUAAGGGACUCGAGCGAGGUAUGGAUCUGGAGGAGGACGAUCGCCUGGAGUUGUCGUGUAUCGUUGAUGGUAGCCCGCUACCGAAGAUGACUUGGUACAAGGAUGGCAUCGAGGUUACUCCUAAUGAGCACGUCAAGAUCACCCACGGUCACGAUGGACGCUGCCGGUUGAUUGUCGAGAAGGCCGAUCCCGGAGACAGCGGUUGCUACAAAUUGGUUCUGUCAAACAAGACCGGAGAAGUAUCCACGCAAUCUUCCAUUGCUGUCACUCCCAAGCAGCGUUAUCCGAUAUUUGUCCGUCCACUGCAGGACCACAAGAUCGUCGUUGGCGAAACACUGCACAUGGAGGCCAAGAUUGCCGGUUUCCCAAUGCCCGAGGUAAGGUGGUUCAAGGACGGUUUGCCCAUUCAUCAGACCAAGGCGAUCAACUUCAUCAACGAACCCAAUGGUAUCGUUGGAUUCAUAAUCGAUCGCGUCACUCCGGAGGAUGCCGGUAUCUACACCUGCGAGGUGAAGAAUGAGGUCGGCAAGGCCACUUCCGCUUCGAUCACCGAAAUCAUUCCGAAGGCCAAGAAGCCCCAAUUCGUCAAUGAACUGCAGGACAUUAGCAUCGUUGAGGGCUAUCCGAUCAAGCUGAACGUCAAGGUUAUUGGAUUCCCAUCUCCCGCGAUCAACUGGUUGCACAAUGGAACGCAGAUUACGGGCGAUCACUUCAGGAUCACGCAAGAAGGAGAAGGUUGCUCUACCCUCACUGUCGAAAAGUCGGUGGGAACCGAUUGUGGAGACUACCAGGUAGUCGCUUCCAACGAAAACGGUGACACAGCGUGCACUGGAAAGGUGACAAUCUUGCCAGUUACCGAUACAUCAACCGGAGAGGAGCCACCAAGCUUCCUGGGAGGUAUUCGCGAUAUCACCGCCGAUGAAGGCAAGGAGCUCACAUUCAGAGCUCGCUUCAUUGGUAACCCAGCGCCAGAGGUUAUCUGGACGAAGGAUGGGGAGCCCCUCCAACCAACUGGACGUGUUACUGUCACGUGCGACGGCAAAACCGUUGGGCUGACCAUCACCCCGACUGAAGUGUCCGACUCUGGCGAGUAUGCUUGUCUGAUGGCCAAUCCACUAGGAGAAACCGAAACCAAAGCUUCGGCUAUCGUCCGCAAGAUGUUCCAGAAGCCGAACUUCGUCUACCAUUUCCCAGAUGUACAGCAACUACCUGGACUGGAAGCCAAGUUCCCAGCGAAACUGGUUGGUAAUCCACGCCCGACUGUUCAAUGGUACAAGAACGAGACACCGAUCAAUCCAAACGAUCGCUACAGCAUGAAGUACGAAGGCGAACACUGCUGUCUGUACAUCAAGGAGUGCGUCGAAUCCGAUACCGGACUGUACUCGUGCACUGCUACCAAUCGCGAGGGAUCCAGCACCGUAGAAGCUAAACUGGACGUUGUUUCCCAACUGACAAGAGGUGACGAACCAACUCCUGCCUACUUCUUGAAGAAACCAAUUGACAUGACUGUGCUCGAAGGAAUGAAGGCCAAGUUUACUGCUUGCGUCGAUGGUUUCCCUCUGCCGACUGUGGAAUGGAUCCGCGACGGUCACCGUCUAGUCCCAAGCGAGAAAUACCGCAUCGAAGCCGACAUCAACGGUCUGGCUCGUCUGAUUGUUGAUGAUAUUCAAGAGGAGGAUCUUGGCCGCUACACUUGCAAGAUUAGCAAUAAUCUGGCCGAAGUAUUGGCUCACGCCAAUCUACGCUUCGAAACACUGGAUGCUUGCCCAAGACGCCGCUACGGAAAGGGCAAGGACAAGAGCUACCUCCAUACCACCCCGUACCCACUGAUGGAUAGGCCGAUCAUCUCGAAACUGUCCGAUCGUCGUAUGACCUUGUCCUGGAAACCAUCCAUGACUACCGUUCCACGCCACCCCGUCACCUACCAGAUGGAGAUGAUGGAGCUUCCCGAUGGCGAAUGGUACACCUACCGCUCCGGAAUUCGCAGUUGCUCGUGCGAGGUGCGCGACCUAGAACCGUUCCGUGACUACAAGUUCCGCAUUCGUGUCGAAAACAUGUACGGCUCCAGCGAACCCAGUCCCUAUGUCCAAACGUAUAGACAGAAACUGGAGUCUGAACCUCCAGUCUUCUAUCCCUAUCUUGGACCGGGACGUGAUUACCGCCCGGACGUUUCCCCGCUUUAUCCACACAACUUCGAUGUAGAACGUCCCACCCACCGUGACCAACGGUCCGGAAUCACACCAGAGUUCCUUCGUCAGGAAUUCCCUGUCCAAUACGGAACCAAGAAUCACAAUGUCAGCCUGUUCUGGUUUGUGUAUGGUUAUCCGAAGCCAACAAUGACCUACUACUUCAACGAUCAGAAGAUCGAAGCCGGUGGUCGUUAUUGCUUCAGUUACACCAGAAACGGUCAGGCUACGCUGUUCAUCAACCGCAUGUCCGAGCGGGACGUUGGCGUGUACGAAGCCGUCGCUUCUAACGAGUACGGCUCCGUACGGCAACGCGUCUGCCUAGAGCUCGGCGAGUAUCCACGCUUCCUGCAGCGUCCGGAGGAGGUAUUCAUUAUGGGUCGCCGUUCGGGUCGCGUCGAAGCCAAGAUCGCUGGCGUACCCUUCCCGGAUGUGAAAUGGUACAAGGAUUGGCAACCGAUCGCCGAAUCAACACGCCUUAAGAUGAUCUUCUACGAGCCGGACACCUGGGUUCUGCUGAUCACCGAUGCAAUCAAGAAGGACGAAGGCUUGUACUCGAUCAGCGUACGCAACGCAAUUGGAUCGAUCAGUUCGUCGGUUAUGGUCCACGUUGAGGACAACGAGGAUGACUACGUGUACAAUGCCCAUCACAGAACCCCGUACGUCCGAGCUAGGAACAAGGUCUACGAAGACUUUUACGACAUUGGUGACGAGAUUGGAAGAGGUACGCAGGGUAUUACUUACCACGCAACGGAUCGUUCCAGCGGCCGCAACUUUGCCGCCAAGAUUAUGUACGGCAGCCCGGAUCUGAGACCGUUCAUGUUUAAUGAAGUAGACAUCAUGAACAUCCUGAACCAUAGGAAGUUGAUUCGUCUGCACGAUGCCUUCGACAUCAACAGGUCGUUGUCGCUGAUUAUUGAGCUUGCGUCGGGUGGUGAACUGGUCCGAGACAAUCUGCUGAUGCACGACUACUAUACCGAGCGUCAAAUCGCCAUCUAUGUGUACCAGAUUCUUCUGGGUCUGGAGCACAUGCACAGCCGAGGAAUCGGUCAUAUGGGUCUGACCAUCAAGGAUCUGCUCAUUGCUUACCCUGGCAGUGACAACCUGAAGAUUUGCGACUUUGGCUUGUCUCGCCGUAUCGAAGAUGACAAAAUGUACACGCUGGACUACGGAAUGCCGGAGUUUGUUGCACCAGAAGUUAUCAAUCGCCGUGGCGUCGGGCUUGGACAGGACAUGUGGAGCAUCGGUAUCAUUACCUACAUUCUGCUGGGAGGUAUUAGUCCGUUCAUGGGUCGAAACGACCGCGAAACCCUAACCAAGGUUCGCGACGGCAAGUGGACCUUCGUUGGCACUGUAUGGGAGUUCAUUUCGUCAGAAGCCCGUGACUUCAUCACCAGACUGCUGGUCUACGAGGACGAACACCGCAUGACCAUCAAGGAAGCCUUGUCGCACUCAUGGUUCGAUGUCAUCUACAAGCGAACCUUCGAAGAGUACCAGAUCGGUACGGAUCGUCUCCGCCGGUACUAUUACCACUACAGAGAUUGGUACACCAACGCUUCAUGCCACACCUACUACCGUCGCCGUCCGUUGAUGAGCUGCUUCGAUCACCCAUCCAAGAUGGUGUAUCCUCCGGGAAUCAUCUUCACUCCGGAAGGCACUCCACCACCAGUCACCGUCGACGAUAUUCCGCACAAGCGCAGGAAGUGGGACGAAUACGUAUCCAAGGACAACCAUCCGGACUACGAGACGGCUUCCUUCAAAUCCGAAAGCCAAUACCAGUAUGGCCCGGACACUUACCUGUUGCAGCUGCGUGACACUACCUUCCCAUGUCGUCUGCGCGAGUACAUGAAGAUCGCCAAGCACCGUUCGCCCAGUCUGCUCAGCGAGAGCAACUACGACAGUAGUCUACCGAUCAUUCGCGAGCGUCGCCGCUUCACCGAUAUCAUGGAUGAGGAAAUUGAUGACGAACGCAGAAGCCGUAUCAGCCGCUACGGAACGGACGACAGCGUCACCAUCAGUCGUCGUCUGCGUACGGAAGUGGGAACGCGUCUUGGUUCGUACGCCGAAGCCGAAGCUAUGAUUGAAGUUAAGCGAGAAGGCCAUGCGCCGUUCUUCCGCGAGAAGCCACAGACGAUCGCCAUCCGUGAGGGUGAGCCGAAUCAGAUCAUUUGCUACGCGGUCGGUGAUCCAAAGCCCUCGGUCACGUGGUUCCGCAACGACAUGGUCGUUACAGAUAGCAAUCGCAUUAAGGUGCUAGAUGACGUCGAUGGCCGUUCGGUUAUUCAGUUCCAUCCGGCGUCACACAACGAUUGCGGUAUCUACAAGGCCGUUGCCAGCAAUAGAGUCGCGAAGACGGUGGCUCGCUGCCGUGUAGUGAUCGCCAUUAUCCCAGAUUCUCCGGAUUGUCCGGAUGCGGUUGCUGUCAGCGAUACGGAAGUUUUGCUGCGCUGGAGACAGCCACGACAUGACGGUAACUCGCAGGUUAUCUGCUACAGCUUGGAAAUGAAGCAACAUGGUAGGGCUGAUUGGGUGGACGUGGCCAGCAAUAUCGAUCACGAGUUCUACCUGGUGCACGGAUUGUCCCCGAAUACCAACUAUCAAUUCAGGUUAGCUGCCUACAAUAGGGUUGGAUGGAGUGAUCGCGGUGUCGCUACGAAGAAUAUUGGCACUUUGGAUGUUGAAGCUCCCAAGAUUCAGAUCACCCGGGCUAUGAAACAAUUGCAGCAGCUGACGGAAUCUGGUCAGCACGUGUCUCCGGAAGAACGUGUGGGACGUUUGGACUACAGCUACGAGAAGACUCCGCUGAAGUGGACCGUUGAGGGUAACUACAAUGAAAAGUUCAGCUUCAUGUCGGAGAUUUCACGCGGUCGGUACUCGAUCGUGGUCAAGGGUCUGGAGAAGGCCACCGAUAAGAUCGUUGUGGCGAAGAUCUUCGAACUGGGAGAUGAACGCGUCGCUGAGGCAGCGGAGCGUGAAUUUGAGAUGCUACGAACGCUGAGACACGAACGUAUCGCCAGUCUGUUCGCUGCGUUCAAACCGAAGAAUACGUCGAUCGCAGCCUUGGUCAUGGAGAAACUGCAGGGCGCCGAUGUGUUGACCUAUCUGAGUAGUCGCGCGGAGUACUCCGAGCAGAUAGUGGCCACGAUCAUCAACCAGAUCCUGGAUGGUCUACAUUAUCUGCACUGGCGCGGAAUUUGCCACCUGGACUUGCAGCCAGAUAACAUCGUCAUGUCCUCGGUUCGACAGGUACAGGUCAAACUGGUCGACUUUGGAGCGGCACAGCCCGUGUCCAAACUGGGCUCGAACGUGCCCAGCCUCAGCUGGUUGGACUUCACUUCUCCUGAAGUGCUUAACGGCGAAGCCGCCUACCCUCAGACUGACAUGUGGAGCGUUGGUUGCCUGGCCUAUCUGUUCCUGUCGGCAACGAGUCCGUUCCGAGGUGGAGACGAAGCCGAAACCCGCGCCAACAUCAGCUUCGUUCGAUACCGGUUCGAAUACCUCUUCAAGGAGGUCACCCAGGAAGCCACACGAUUCCUGAUGUUGAUCUUCAAGCGUGCUCCCACGAAACGUCCCUCGGUAGAGGAAUGCUUCGAGCACAGAUGGCUCGUCCACACCGACUUCAUGAUCAAGAAGCGCGAACGUGCAAUCUUCCCGGGCAGCCGUCUGAAGGAAUUCUCCGAACACUACCACACGAUGAAAACGAACGAGGCCACCAAGUCGGAGACCAUCUCCAGCAUCGGUGGUCAAUCCCCUCGUCAGCUGCUCAGAUCCAACAGCAUCCAGGAGGAGCUGCUGACCACUUUCUAAGCCUCAAACUCUAUCAACUUCUACUACUAAUUACUACUACUACUACUACUUAACCGAUACUUUCGUCUCUUGAAUCCCUCAACUAUUUAUUUAUUUAUUCGAUAGAAUGUAGCUUUUCUAGUACUUCAAUCUAUUACCUAAACCCCCCUUAAAAAAAGAAGUCUUUUGUACAUAAUCGAUUUUUUAUUUUGAACAAAGGAAAGUAUAUGAACUUGAGUUUAUUUUUUUAGCGUGUAAGCAACUAGUAACUAGAACAAGCAGGAGCAGGACAACAAGAAGGAGAAGAAGCAACUACUUCAACUGGAAACUCUUUAUAUAUUUGUAUAUGUGAUAUCCGGGUCAGGGAAACAAUUUUUUAUAUGAAUUUUUAACCGAAUCUAUAACCAUACAAAUACGUUACACAUCCCUGAAGAAACUGGCUCGGACCCAUAUAUAUUCUGGUUCCCUACUUGUAGUCGCAUACCAUCGAUCGUCGAUCAACGAGUGAAGAAGAAUAGAAAGAAGCACACACAAACACACACACGAACACGUAACGAGAAGAACUGUAUAAAAUUAGUAGCCAUGGCGCAUGGUAAGAAAGCUUUUAACAAAUACACACCAAAACUUACUUUGAACAAGAAUGUGUAAAAUUCGUAGUCAGAUUAAGUUCUUGAUUAUUAAUUUAAUAAAAAAAAAACAGUAAAACCUUUAGGUCAUUUAACAAGUUAACAAACUUCGAAGCUUUAAAACUGUAGGAAAAAUUAUAUUCUUGUUUUUACUUUUGUAUUCUUCUUUUCUUUAAAAAUUCGUUUAAAUAAAUAGUUGUGCAGAA